GCUGGCAACGCCGGGAUUGGGAGGGUCGUCUUGAGGGUCUGAUUUCGGGUCGGGAGGGUUGGGAGCGUUUCCUACGCUUUUCUGAGGGUCUCCCAGGGUCGUGGAGGGUGUGGGGGAGCGAGGCGCAACUUUUGGGGGGUCUCACGUUGGGGGCCGAGUUCGGAAAACUGAGAAAUUGGGGAAAAACCGGUAAAGUUCAGUUUGACGGUCUGGCAGCACUGUAUUUUGCACAUGGGUAACACACGCGACGGGAAAACUGGUGUAUUCGAUCACUUUCCACGGAAAACUGAUCGCGGCGACCCCCACCCUCGGCUCCCGUCGACGUCACUUUUUUCUCGCGGAAAAUGCGGCGGAACGGAGAAUUUCGCGACACACAGAUUUCAGGUCCAGGCAGUGUGACCACCUUUGGGUUUAACGCAAAUAUAGGCGCUUUCUGGCCACUUUCGCAUGGCGUUACGGGACAUUCUCCGUUUUCUCCAAGGUGGUCAUACAGUUUUAGCGCCGUUGUUCAAACUUUUUAAGUGACAAUACUUGCGAUUUUAUAUACUUUUCAGUCUAAAAUUCUUUGCCAUGCCGCACCUGCGCGCCCAGGUGGAAAAGCACCUCCCACAGGUGGAUGAUCCGCUCCGGCCAAGCGGGAUCCUUAGAAACUUGGACGGCGUAAAGCGUUUAAAGGAUCACGGCAGGUGUUUCUACCUGAUGGUAGACGUCAUUCACCUGACUGGGCCGACGCCGGGACACACGCUAAUAAUGAUAGGAACUUCAGAUGACGGGUCCGUGAAACAGGUUGUUUACACCGAAGUGAAGAAAAGUACAUUUACGGCCACGCAAAUCAUGGCGGCGUUUGAGCAGGUGCGGGAGGCCAUCGCAUUAGAGGAGCUUGAAAAGCAUUUGAUAGCAAUAAUAGUGGACGAAUGCCCCAACAACGCCUUGCUUCAUGUCCACAGUGGCUAUCCGGUGAUGGCAGACCUAAACCACCUGGCCAAAAUAGUCGCCGCGGACAUGAAGCAUGUGCUGCAACUCCUGCCAAAUAUCCACACGCGGAUGGUUUUUCGGGGAGCACAACGCUCAGCAGAAGCUGGAGCUGGCCUGGAGCGGAACGAGCCACUUUCCUGGCAGUGCCAAGAGGCGCGUGCGCGGCGAGAUCCGCGUGCUACGGGACGUUGUGAGCCGCCGGUUUGCCAUUUGCUCGACGCCGUUCAACUUGAGGGAGGCAAACAACGGAGUCCUGGAGACCACCGGCCAGAAGUGGGCCUCUUUGACGGCCGAGUUAAUGGUCGAGGCCUUUACGCUUGA